GGGGUGGUUUACCAGUAGUCUCACUGUCUAGGGACACUAAAAACAACACCUUGUACUUUCCACUCAGGAGAGCCCUACGGCAUUUGGCUUAUAUUCGCUGGUUAGUUUUCUGUGGGGUUUCUAAGAGGUAGGUGGCAGAGCUGUGCUUUCCCGUUUUGCAGAUGUAAAAACAGAGGCAAAGAUUCUGAUUCUUAACUGACUUUAACGAAAUGUGGUCCAAGAGUUUUAACUCAGUUUCCUGCAAUUCUUGCUCCUAAGUAGCCACUUCGAAGUUUAAUGGGAUACCGGGACAUCCUCCCUGAGGUCAAUGAAAGGUCAGAGAGGCCAGGGUUAGUGGUCUGCAGCUGCAGGCUUACGCCACAAAUCUAAGUGUCCCUUGGAGAAGAUGCAACUUUUUUUUUUCUAAUUGCUUGCUCUUUAAAAACGGGGGAACAAAGGUGCUGUAUGUAUUCUUUGCAAAGUUGCGUGUGUUUAGGGCUGCAAUUUUGCCAUUGUCUUUUGUGGACUCAUAAAGGGCUCUUAGUCUCGGUUGCUUUGAGGAACAGAGGAAUGAGGCUCCCCCCGAAUGAGUAACCACGUCUUCCUUGUCAGAGACACCUUAAGAAUUCACAUCAGGUCAGAUGAGGGCCGAGAAUUCCCAGGAGGAGGGAGGAAGGAGCCCCGCACAGGCGGCUUGACACAUGGGCCCCACUCCUGCCUCCAGCUCUGACUCACCUUCUGACGCUGGGGGAGGAGAAAAGCUGCUUGGUAUUUUUGGCUUUCCCCCAUAAAACGGGAGACAGUUGGCUUCAUUCGAGUCUUCUCAGCAUCCUUGUCGAGCGUGGCUGAGCUGAGUUCUCCUCGGAAAUCUUUCCUACUGACUGACUGCAGAUCUGAUUUGUAUACACUGUAACCACUGUUGACCUAAGACCGUCUGGAUCCAGACCAAGGGCUCCGGCUCACUGGGCUCCUCAGCACGAAGGAGGCUGCAGUCUUGAAUUCCCCGGUGGAGGACGGACUCCACCAUUCUCUGGUCUUGCCCCCUGAUGAAGAAAGUGUGACUACCGGCGUCUUCAUGAGCUCCAGAGGUCACAGCACGCUCCCACGGACUCUCAUGGCCCCUCGGAUGAUUUCCGAGGGAGACAUAGGAGGCAUUGCUCAGAUCACCUCCUCUCUCUUCUUGGGCAGAGGCAGUGUGGCCUCCAACAGGCACCUCCUCCAGGCCCGGGGCAUCACCUGCAUCGUUAACGCUACCAUCGAGAUCCCCAACUUCAACUGGCCCCAGUUUGAGUAUGUUAAAGUGCCUCUGGCUGACAUUCCUCAUGCCCCCAUUAGGCUGUACUUUGACACCGUGGCAGACAAGAUCCACAGCGUCAGCAAGAAGCAUGGGGCUACCUUGGUGCACUGUGCCGCAGGGGUGAGCCGCUCGGCCACUCUGUGUAUUGCGUACCUGAUGAAGUUCCACAAUGUGUGCCUGUUGGAGGCAUACAACUGGGUGAAAGCCCGGAGGCCUGUCAUCAGGCCCAACGUGGGCUUCUGGAGGCAGCUGAUAGACUACGAGAGCCAGCUCUUUGGGAAGUCGACGGUUAAGAUGGUACAGACACCCUAUGGCGUCAUUCCAGACGUUUAUGAGAAGGAGUCCCGACACCUGAUGCCUUACUGGGGGAUUUAGUGCCGCCACAGCCGGCAUCCACAGCCCCUCAGCAGUACCAGCAUCUGCCACAGUCUUCUCCCCUCUUCCUCUCUCUGGUUCCCCCGCGAGUGUUUCGACACUGGGUGUUCGAGUUUAAGAGACGCGGAGGGGAAACGACACACAUUGCUAGUGACGUUUUUUAAAACUAGCAUUUUGAAAUAGCAAACAUGAAAAUCUUUAACUGGCCUUUAGUCAUUGACAACAGCUGGAACAGUAUAGGAUACUGUUCCUGCUUUCCUUCUGGCUCCCAAGCCUUUUGGAGCCUUGGCAGGUGCAGGAGGAGUUCAUUGCAAAGAUCACUUUGGGCCCUGAUUAACCCUCUAGAGACCAGCUUUGCCCAUGGCUGCCAGCUGGACAGAUGUCUAGGGGAUAUCAAGGCCAUCUCAGUCUCUACUGGAUUAGCCUGGUCCUUUCUUUUCCUCUGUUAUUUAGCGAUUCUAUAAGUUAAGUUAACCGUUGUUAUUUAGUUGAUAAGUGAUUAUGAUGAAAACUGUUGCAAAGACCCUCUUGAAAUCAGUGUGCUCCGGGAUUAUAUUAGCAUUAUUUUUAAUAAAUCUAUCUGCUUAACAUAA